ACCCGGAAGCGUUCCCGUAUCGGCCGUGAGUGCUAUUCAUUCAGGCUGCUGCGAUUUAAACCGGUUACUGUUGAGAUAUCCGUUCAUAUCGAGCGCCUGAUAUAUUUACCUGCGAGUAGAUUAAAGGAGAGCAAGCAUGGCUGGUCGGCUGCCGGCUUGUGUUGUUGACUGUGGCACAGGGUACACAAAGCUUGGUUAUGCAGGAAACACAGAACCACAGUUCAUCAUACCUUCAUGUAUCGCAAUCAAAGAAUCAGCCAAGGUCGGAGACCAGGCCCAGCGCCGGAUGAUGAAGGGUGUUGACGACCUGGACUUCUUUAUCGGAGAUGAAGCCAUCGACAAACCAUCAUAUGCAACAAAGUGGCCCAUUCGUCACGGGAUAGUGGAGGACUGGGACCUGAUGGAGAGAUUUAUGGAGCAGGUCAUCUUCAAGUAUCUGCGGGCAGAACCUGAAGACCAUUACUUUCUUUUGACAGAGCCUCCACUGAAUACACCCGAAAACAGAGAGUACACAGCAGAGAUCAUGUUUGAGUCAUUCAACGUCCCAGGUCUCUACAUCGCUGUUCAGGCUGUCCUGGCGCUGGCUGCCUCCUGGACAUCCAGACAGGUUGGAGAGCGGACGCUGACGGGGACUGUGAUCGACAGCGGAGACGGAGUCACACACGUUAUCCCAGUGGCCGAAGGCUACGUCAUCGGUAGCUGCAUUAAGCACAUCCCCAUCGCUGGUCGAGACAUCACGUACUUCAUCCAACAGCUGCUGAGGGAGCGAGAGGUGGGGAUACCUCCGGAACAGUCUCUGGAGACGGCUAAAGCUGUCAAGGAGCGGUUCAGCUACGUCUGCCCUGACCUUGUUAAGGAGUUCAGCAAGUACGACACAGACGGCUCCAAGUGGAUCAAACAGUACACAGGCGUGAACGCCAUCAGCAAGAAGGAGUUCACCAUCGAUGUUGGCUACGAACGCUUCCUCGGGCCCGAGAUCUUUUUCCAUCCUGAGUUUGCCAACCCAGAUUUCACCCAGCCGAUCUCGGAGGUGGUGGAUGAAGUCAUCCAGAACUGUCCCAUCGACGUCCGGCGUCCGCUGUACAAGAACAUUGUGCUCUCCGGAGGCUCCACCAUGUUCAGGGACUUUGGCAGACGCCUCCAGAGGGACCUCAAGAGGACUGUGGACGCACGACUGAAAAUAAGCGAAGAGCUGAGCGGCGGCAAGUUGAAGCCCAAACCCAUUGACGUGCAAGUCAUCACUCACCACAUGCAGAGGUACGCCGUCUGGUUCGGAGGAUCAAUGUUGGCGUCUACUCCUGAGUUUUACCAAGUGUGCCACACUAAGAGAGACUACGAGGAGAUCGGCCCGAGCAUCUGCCGCCACAACCCCGUAUUCGGAGUCAUGUCUUAGGCGCCGCGGGGGCACGUUCGGCGGAGGCCUCGAGGAAAACGGAAAAAAAGGAAGCGGCGCAAGACCUCACAUGCUGUGGAAGUCCCAUGAGCCUUUGCACGGAUGCUCCGACAGACCUGUUCAUUCGGAUAGAGCGACAGUGGACCAAACAAACUGCCAAAAGAGUGGCAAUAUCCUCGCAAAUUAGAGGAAAGAGGUGACUCAGCCCAAAGGAUCCUCAAAUAAAAAUGUUUACUGCAAGUAGGUUAAUAAUAGGUGAUGAAUCUUUAAUUUCUGUGUGCCUCGUAUAUGUACUUAUUCUAUCCUCACAGGGUUGUAAUAUGUAAUUAAUCAACAUGAGUCCUGUAUAAAAUGCACUUCUCUGUGUAUAAGGGUUGGGUUCUUGCUAUAUGUUAAAUGCAAACUUAAGGAGUUGUCUCAAGAAGCAAGACAUGCUUAGCUAGAUCACCUCCACCAACGUCAUCGAAUCAAACACCUUUUUGAUCGCUGAGUCAUCAAACUGGUGCAAAAAUGCAACACAUUGUUACAGUAAGAAAAAAAAAAACAAUCAGCAGACAAA